UUUAAUAUUUAACUGCGUUGUAAACUUUUUAUAAUGAUAUAAAAAAAUAUAAAAAAUUCAAAAUUCUGGUAAAGCUAAUAAUAGUAAUUAAAGCUAAGAGCCCAAAGAAGCGAACUUAGGGAAGUGGAGUUGCAAUGGGCCCGUCACCCGACCAACCGCAAAUGCAUUUCAGUCCCAAGGUGGACUACAUCCUAAUCUUGGACAAGUUGCGCGAGGAUUUCAACAAGAAGUUUGAGCUCAACAUUCCAUCGCCCAGCAGGGGAUUGGAUGACUACGAUGUGAAGGCCACCCUGGGAUCCGGUUCCUUUGGCAAGGUGCAAUUGGUGAGAGAGCGGGAAUCCGGGGCAUACUUCGCAUCCAAGCAGCUGAGCAAGGAUCAGAUUAUCAAGACCAAGCAGGUGAGCCACGUGAUGAGCGAGAAGAACGUGCUGCGAUCAAUGAUGUUCCCGAACACGGUCAACCUGAUAGCCUCCUUCAAGGAUUACGACAGCCUGUACCUAAUCCUGCCGCUAAUUGGCGGUGGAGAGCUUUUCACCUACCACAGAAAAGUGCGAAAGUUUACUGAGAAGCAAGCUCGUUUCUAUGCUGCCCAAGUUUUCUUGGCUCUGGAGUACCUGCAUCAUUGCAGUCUGCUCUAUCGAGAUCUCAAGCCCGAAAACAUUAUGAUGGACAAGAACGGGUACUUGAAAGUGACGGAUUUCGGAUUUGCCAAGAAAGUGGAAACGCGCACAAUGACUUUGUGUGGCACGCCGGAGUACCUGCCACCGGAGAUCAUCCAGUCGAAGCCGUAUGGAACCAGCGUGGACUGGUGGGCUUUUGGCGUGCUGGUCUUUGAAUUUGUGGCCGGUCACUCGCCAUUUUCCGCCCACAAUCGUGAUGUGAUGAGCAUGUACAAUAAGAUCUGCGAGGGGGACUACAAGAUGCCCAGCUAUUUCAGUGGUGCUUUGCGUCAUUUGGUGGAUCAUUUGCUGCAGGUGGAUCUCUCAAAGCGCUAUGGCAACCUGAUCAACGGCAAUAAGGACAUCAAGGACCACGAAUGGUUCAAGGAUGUGGAGUGGAUACCCCUGCUAAAUCAAACGAUUAAUGCACCCUAUGUGCCCAACAUCAGCAAUCCGGAGGAUGUAUCCAACUUCGACAAGGUCUCUGAUAAACCUCGGCCCAAGGCCAAAACCAUGCGACAUGAGGAGGCAUUUGCGGACUUCUAAACUGUGUUUAACUUGUGAUAGGUUUGAUUUUGUAAGGUUUCGGCAGCAUUAGCUAAUCAGUCAACUAAAGAUCACCCGACUUUUUCAUCGA